CCUCACAGCUCCACAGCCUGCAGGGAGAGGAGAGGAGCUGUCUGCAGCCUUUUGCCUCUUCCUCAGCCUGCAGCCCUUGCAGCAGUCUCUCCAUCACCACCAGGCUUUGCAUCGCUGGAAGGAGCCUCUAGUCUUUUUAUUUAUUUAUUUUUGCUCUUGCAAAAAGGCACCAUGACGGGCUUCUCUACCCAGCGACGCGUGCCCACCUGGAGGAGGAGGAGGAGGAUGCUGCUGGGAUGGUGCAUCAGCCUCUGAGCCGUUUGGGCUCCGAGUGCAGCUGCUUUCCCUCGGAUGAUGCGCAGAGGGGAUCUCGGCGCGCAUAUGUUGUUGUGUGAUCCGGAAACCCCCACGUCCAGACAGGAGAUCCAUGCCCCGGUUGUUGCACCGUUUCCACCACCAUGUCCCCUGCGUCGGCUGCAACGGCCAGUGAAAGCAGCCCCGCCACCGCCGGCGCCGUCCCCGAAGAGGAGCCAGACAGCCCCCGAGAGGAGCAACGGGCCCAGAAACAGUCCUUGUCGAAGUCCCUGUGUCAGGAGACCCACUGGAAAUGCCUGCUUCUCUCACUGCUGAUGUACGGCUGCGUCGGGGUGAUGGCCUGGUGCCAGGUGACCAAGGUCACGCGCCUCUCCUUCGACAGCGCCUACAAGGGAAAGUCUAUGAUGUAUCACGACAGUCCCUGCUCCAACGGCUACAUCUACAUCCCCCUGGCCUUCUUGGUCAUGCUCUACGUGGUCUACCUGGUGGAGUGCUGGCACUGCUACACCAGGAAUGAGCUGCAGUACAAGGUAGACGUGGACAACGUGACCGAGCGCAUCCAGCGAAUGCAGCAAGCUACGCCCUGCAUCUGGUGGAAGGCCAUCAGCUAUCACUAUAUCAGGAGAACACGACAGGUGACGCGCUACCGUAACGGAGACGCCUACACCACCACACAGGUGUACCACGAGCGAGUCAACACCCACGUAGCCGAGGCGGAGUUUGACUACGGGAACUGCGGAGUUAAGGACAUCUCGAAGCACCUGCUGGACCUGGACAGCUUCCCCAUCACCAGGCUGAGGUUCACAAAGUGCUUUAGCUUCGCCAGCGUGGAGUCAGAGAACUCCUAUCUGACCCAGCGCGCCAGGUUCUUCACAGAGAACGAGGGUCUGGACGACUACAUGGAGGCCCGUGAGGGAAUGCAUCUGAAGAAUGUAGACUUUAAAGAGUAUAUGAUUGCCUUUUCUGACCCCAGUCACCUUCCCUGGUACACAGCUAACUCCACUUUUUGGGUGGCAGCUGCUUUCACCCUCUCCUGGCCUCUGCGGGUGCUGACAGAGUACCGCACUGCCUGUGCACACUACCAUGUGGAGAAGCUGUUCGGCUUUGACUUUGUGCCAGCAACACCAUCUGAGGAGCGGCCAUAUAGCCGGCACAUCCCACGAGUCAACACAAUCGACAGCACAGAACUGGAGUGGCACAUCCGCUCCAACCAGCAGCUGGUGCCCAGCUACUCGGAGGCCGUUCUCAUGGACCUGGCCCAGCUCUCGGGGAGCUGUAACAACUACUCCGUCUGUGGAGGCUACGGCAGCUACAGGCAGAACUGUGAACGCUGCCACCGCACCAUCAGCAGCUCCUCCAUCUUCUCUCGCAGCGCCCUCAGCAUCUGCAACACGGGGAGCCCUCGCAUCCCCUUCAGUGCCAGCCGCUUCUCACUGAGCCGCCUGUACGGCUCCAGGCGGAGCUGCCUGUGGAGGAGUAGUGGGAGCCUGAAUGAGCAGUCGUGCCCCACAGAGAGCACGCGCUGUCUGUCAGGUCAGCAGACCAGCGAGGAGAACCCUCCAGCCUAUCAGGAUGCUAUGUUCUUCCCAGUGCUCAUUGUGCAUCGCGACGAAGGCUGCCUCAACCAUGACCACCACUCCCUGCACAGAAACGGCUCCUGUGUAGAGACUUCGCUAUGACCCACGGCGGCCACAGGCUUCUGAGCAAAGAAUAUAAUGAUGCAGGCAGAGAGUAAGACCUCUUUGCCCCUGGGCCAGGAUGAUAAUGACUUCUGCUUCUUCCUUUUACAUAUUGUCACAUACAAGCUACUACAAACAAGCAUUUGUUCAAGUUUAAAAAGCUGGUGUAGCCUCAAACAAAGGAAAAACAAAGUAUGUCUGAGAAAGCCCCCUAAUAAGUCAGGGAAAACCGCCUGGAUGGUCUAAAUGAGACUGUUGGUUAAACUAUAACGUGGCUUUAAAGGACCACUCUGCCAAAGUGUCACGUACAGCCCUACAGCUUCCACUAAGAAUCAACUUACCAAGGAACACCAACUGGAGUCACGUCUUACUGUAAAUGUCUGUAUCUAUAUCUGUAGAUCUUAGUCGGAAAAUUACAUGGACAUGAGUAACACUUAGUAGAAUUUGGAGCCGGAAAGAGCUUUUGACUCAUCGGUAGCAGAGGACGUUAAGGAAAGAAAGGCAUAUGACAAUUAACGAAGGAAUGAAUUGAAGAUUGAUAGAUGGAGUGACUCACACAUAUCAUGUUUGAGUGUGUGAGUCAUGAGGGAAAACGAAGAUUUCAACAUCCUCGCUCAAAGCGUAAUGAAAACAUUUGCCAAAAUAAUUGGGCCCAAAUAAAAAAUACAAGCAUCUGCACGUAAAACAUUUUAGAAACUGGGUAAUUUAAAUGUGCUUAUUCAAAGUUAGUGCACGUGGAAAUCCAGUGAAAAAAACAGGGAUACAUUUCCUUCAUAUAAAAAUAAAUGUGUGAUACAGACGCUAAAAUAUCCAGUUGGCUCACAUGGGCUCGGUGGUGAUGACAUUAUACUUCUCGGCUCGCUAAAUUUAGCUCACACAGCGGAUGAAUAAUUUAUCACAGGAAGGCUGAGGACACAAGAACUUCAAACUGAAUGAGCGACACGUCUUCAAACUGUUCCUUAAUCACUAUACACUGUACAUUUUGUAGAACGGCCGACUACAUGAUAAACCUCACCAUUAUAUUGAUAGAUCAGUGUCACCUCAGCUACUUUAAAAUCUCAAAGAAACAUUUAAUUUCAUGUUUGGCAAUAUUUUUAUUCAGCCUACCUCUUUAUUUAAGUGCCUAGCGAUCAACUGUUACCGACAAGCAUAAGCUACCAUAACUCAAAAAGAUCUCAUCUCAACAUCUUCCCAUUGAAACAAGUGAAAUUUACACUCAUUAGAGCGCAUGAUAUAUGAUGCAUAGGAGAAACAUGCUGCAUCACCUGCUCUCAAUACUGUUUAAGGUAUAAAAGGUCAGAGACUAAACGCUCUGCAGACGAGUUUCCUCAUAGUAACGCAGCUCUCGCGGAGCCGGUGCUGUGCUCUGCUGAUGAGUAUCAGAGAGACAGCCAGGGAGCCGGCCAUCAAAGACGCUCGAAAUAGGCAAAGGCCCGGAAUCACUACUGAUGGUGUCAGAUUUAAUAAUAUGACAGGAUUUCUUUAAAGAACAAAAAAAAAAAAGUUCCUUGCUCUCAACUGAGUGCACGCGGGUUUCUUAGUCAUGGUGAAUUUUGUUUCACAGCCAAGCCAUGCACAAGAAAAAAAUGUUUGAACGGGAAUAAAAGAAGAAGUCUGGUCAGGAUUAACCUCGAAAAAUACAACACAACUCCAAAGUUUUCUUAUUUUCUUCCAUUACACCUUAGCAUUUGUGAAUGGUACUUUAGUACAAUUUUAAUAAGCACAGGGGUAAUUCAAGAAAACUGAAAUAUUUGUUUAUAAGCUGGUUUUCAUCUCAUAAGAUCUGCAUUUAAAAGUUGGAUCGCUGGUUGUUUACUUUCUGUUGUUACGACCGUCAGAGUCGAAGGAUCUCGACUGGACGUUUUGUUUCACUUCCUGCUUCACAACAAUGGGCUCGUACUUGUGACCGGUUUUACCCAUACUCAUUACAUUCCAUGUGUGUAGUUAGGUCUGGAGUUGGGGACUAUCUUUAUAGCAAUACUAGAGAAUGCAUAAAAAUGUUUUUUUUUUUUUUUUAAACAGAUUCUAGCAAAUCUGCCAUUUCAUUCAACAAAUGACCGUUUCCUCACCUGUUUUCCGCAAGCUCACCUAUGCAAGCCCCAUCAACUCAGGAUCAUAUUCAGGGCAAGGAUUCUGCUUGCAACAAUAUCCCAAAACUUUCUCAUUUCAACUUUAGCUUUAGCCAGUUAUGCAGACGUUUCACUUUGUAUUCUAAAAGCUUUCGUAAGAAACAGCCUUUUUUCGUGAUACGGCAUCGAGGGGGUUCGCAAACACAGGAUCCUGAAACAAACGGUCACAGCUUAACUAAUGCUCUCAUUCCGUAUAGAGGAGGGAGCGGUUCAGAAGCAGGUCGAAUAAGGUCCUGGUGUUCAUAAAGUUCACUAUACGUACUGAUAUCUUUGUUAGAAUAUUAAAGAAACAGUUUGACAGUUUGGGAACGCAGCUCAUUCGCUCUCUUGCCAAGAGUUGGAAGACAAGAUUAAUACUGUUCUGAUGUCUGUUUGGCAAAUAAGCUUUUAGCCAGUUAGCUUAGCUUAGCAUAAAGACCACAAACAGGGAAACAGCUAUAGCCUGAACAUUACAACCUAUGCUUGCAUUUUAUAGUUACGCACGUA